AUGGCCGGCGGGAGGAAGGCGAGCGGCGGCACGGCGGCGGCGGCGGCCAUGGCGGUGGCGCUGCUGGCCCUGCUCGUCGCGGCGGGCGAGGCCGGGAUGUGCAACGUCGACCAGGGCACGGUGGUGAGCCAGUGCAUGCCCGCCUGCACGGGCGGCGGCGCCGGCGGCGCGCCGAGCCAGGCGUGCUGCGCCGCGCUGGCGAACGCCGACUUCGGCUGCCUCUGCCGCACCUACUGGGGCAGGCUCAAGAACACCAAGUACGGCAGCUGCGCCAUGGCGAUCCCCACCGAGUGCGGCAUCCCGGGCGCGCCCAGGUCGUGCUAA